GGUAGUCGAGCGGAAUGGUUGUUGGGAGUCUUCUAACGGCAGCAAUGGACUGAGAAGAAAAGUUAAGAGAGAGAAAGAGAGGAAAAGAUUGCGGCUAGCUGUACAGUAUUCGGGUCAUCAUGGAGUGUGAAGCGAAGUCCGGUUCUUGCCCAUUACAGUGAGAAAGAGAGAGAAAGGAGCACGAGGAGGGGCUGCGCUGGAGAAAUUGCUGUUGGAAUGUCUCCUUAACCAAUGAAAAGUGGUAAAACUGAGGCAUUAGUCAUAUGACUAAAGAUGGCAUCCUAUUUAGCACAAGAAGUUCAACUUGCUAAAAGACAUGAAGAAAUACUGUCUCAGAGAAUGGUGUUGCUUCAGCAGAUGGAGAGUCAUCUAGGAGACAAAGAAGCUGAGAAGACAUGGCAAAUACAAGAAGCUGAUGCAGCUCAUAAAAGAAAUGUAGCACUUUUAAAUGAUAUAAAAACAGCAGGGGAAAAGCUACAGUCGAGAGAGCACUUACUUCUGCACCCUGACAUUGUUAAUCUUGAGACUCUUUACUGGGCAAAAGUAGAAGAAUCCAUCCCUAAGUGGGAGCCAUUUUUUUUAGGAAGAACACAAGCCCCUAUUGGGGUUAGAAAAAUCAAGCCAACAAAGCAAAAGACAGAUUCCCCCAAGAGAUAAACGAAAAUCAGGUCUGUGGGAAGGAUCUGCUCAUUCUUCCAAAUGGUGGGUUAUUAAAUGGUUCUUUAAAUUUUUGUUGGAUAAGCUACAUGAAUUCUGAAUCGGCAAUGAAGAGUUCUCCCCCACCAGCCUGUUUAUCUACAGGAGAGUGACCUUUGUAUCAAACAUGGAGGACAUCAAACAUCAAGAUGAAAACUCAGCUGUUCAACGGUUUAGUCAAGAUGAGCAAAUAUGAAAUCUUACCCUUCAGAGGUAAGAUUCAGAAGCAUCUUUUCCCAAUAAAAGUGGAAGCAAAUGCCAAUCCGACUGCCCCAUGAGAAGAUUUGUUUCAUGAGUAAGGCAUGCAUUUCCCAUAAUUUUGGCAAGCUGGAUUUAGCUGGUUGCUGGGGAAUUAACAGAACCCUGAGUGACAGAGGCUGAAGAAGAAACCCAAGGAAUUUGAACAUUCCCACAUAACUUAACCAUGCCCACCUCCCCAGUCAUGUUUGGUCUAUAGGCAUAUCUUAUGUGGCUAAAUAUUGCUCCGCUCUCAUACUGUAUUUCAGUUUGGAUCCAGCUGGUGUAAAAGGAUUUGACCACAGGAUUUUAGAAUUUUCCAGCACUGAACUCAGCUUUGUGUUUGGGAUAGAUUCUCCAUCAAAAGUAUACAGCAAUAAAAGGCCACAUUAAGCUA